AUGCGCUGUUCCAUCCGUAACAUUGGCCUUCUUGCUGCCACCUCGGCGCUCCCACUGGCAAUAGCACAAACCCCUGAUGGGUUUCAGCCUGCGGUCUCAGACAUGCUGUCUGUAACUUUUGGCUCGACAGUCGUGAGCCCUGCUGUCACGCAGAGCAUCCCUACUCUCGCUGCAAGCGGGAAUAUCUCAGGUCAAUACAUCUUCAUGAUGAUUGACCUGGAUGUCCCAGCCCAGCUUGGGAAUGCCUCGGCCGGCCGUGUCCAGCUCCUCCACGCUCUUGUCCCAGGCUAUUCGUUCACCCCGAAUGGCACAUUGACUUCAUCCGAGACAACCUCCGCUCCGGCACCAUAUAUCAGACCUGCGCCUCCGGCAGAAAACCCUCCCGUCCCUCAUCGAUACGUUCAAUUAUUGUUCCCACAGCCAGAAAACUUCUCGGUGCCAGACAGCCAACAGCAGGCGGUACAAAUGCGGCGAGGGUUCAACACAACCGGCUUCAUCGCUGCGGCUGGUUUGAAUACUCCAAUUCUCGGAAACUACUUCCGCGUUGUGAACAAUUCGGCCGUGACGUCGCCUGGAGGUAUGACCCCCACACCCACGGGGAUGCCAGUAAGCACUGACGCUGCAGAUAAGAUCGCUGGAAGCGCAUUGAGCGCUGUCGUGGCUAUUAUCUGGCAUUUCCCUAAGUCUGAGUUCAAGGUUGGCGUCAUAGGAUGGACCGGUCAGCCCAGCAAGCGUGUUCUGGUCGAACUUUCCAUAGCGCCUGCCUGUGCCACACCUCCGGCCGUCACCAAAGUUCCAGCAAAGUCGUCUUCAGGGGUGAGCCUUUUCGAUGCUGAAAUGAUUCAAGUAACGGACGCAUCUAUUCGACGCAUCAAUGCAGUGGAUGCUCCGGUCAACUUCACGCAGUUAUUCGGCUUCGAGAACAACAUUUCAUCAGCGGAAAAGCGACCCGUAGCCAUAGGGCAGUGCAAAGUAUUUCCUGGAGAUCACAAUUGGCCGUCGCCACAAGAAUGGCAAGCUUUCGACUUCUUACUUGGAGGUGCGUUGGUCCCGACCGUGCCGAUCGCGGCGCCGUGCUACCAGGACUUUGGAAUAUACAGUAAGGAGAAGUGCGACGCUGUGAUGGAAAAUUUCGGCACGACAGAACUACAUGAAGCGGAUCCAACAUCGAUGAUGUGGCCCAUAUUCCAAGGUCGAACGUGUCUGCCGAUUGAUGGGCAGAACGGGACUUCAAAUUGUUCGCUGGGCGGUUAUCCGAGUUAUGCAGUAAAGGUCGAAAAUGUCGCUCAGAUCCAACUCUCAGUCAACUUUGCUAGAAAUGCCAAUAUGCGGCUGGUCAUCAAGAAUACUGGGCAUUGUUAUCUUGGUAAAUCGAGUGGUGCCGGGGGUUUGAGCGUGUGGACACACGGCUUGAGAGACAUUCGAUUCGUUAGGACUUUCAAAAAUAAAGAAUAUCAGGGGCCAGCAAUGAAGAUCAGCGCAGGUGUUCUGGUACGAGAUGUAUAUAUCGCAGCGCAGAAGCAUGGGGUGACAGCCAUUGGCGGUAUUUGCCCCAAUGUUGGUCUCGCGGGAGGCUACAUACAGGGCGGCGGCCACAGCUCACUUUCAUCGAAGUACGGUAUGGCCGCAGACCAGGUGCUCGCUUUCGAGGUCGUCACAGCCGACGGAAAAUUCGUCACGGCGUCUUCUGAGCAAAAUCCUGACCUUUACUGGGCACUUCGAGGUGGUGGUGGGAGCACCUAUGGUGUUGUCACAUCAGCUCUUAUAAGAGUCCACCCGAAGACCCCGGUCACAACCUCUCGGUUCACCAUUAGUACCUCCUCUACCGUCAGCAGAGGGACUUUCUGGGCUGCCGUGAAGUCUUUUUAUGAGAAUUUCACCCGCUUCACGGAUGCCGGCAGCUAUGUCUACUUCUUCAUCACCAACACCGGAGGUACACUCAGCCUGCAAAUUAUCCCAUUUUUCGCACCCGACUACACGCCCACUCAAUUCACCGCUCUCGUUGAUCCAUGGUUUGCUCAACUGCGCCGACUAAAUGUACCGUUCACCCCGAAUACAACUUAUUAUGAAGAUUUCUACUCAGCCUAUGAUGCCAACUUUGGCGACGACAACCCCAUUGGUUCGACGACCGUUAUGCCUGGGAACAGGCUAUUCCCACGCUCAAACUUUGUCGAUAAGAUCAAGUUUGCCGCCACGUUCGACGCCGUGCGCAAAAACGUAGAGGCCGGCUACUUGACGAUCGGCUUCGCGAUGGCACCUGGGAAUCCUCUGAGACAGGACAACGCCGUAUCAUCUGCCUUUAGACAAGCUGUGAGUCUGCACAUAACGAAUGUCGUACUUCCUGAACAUGCGACACCAGCGCAGAUUAAAACAGGUUCUGAAGAGCUGAACAUGGUGACGGGUCGGUGGCGAGCCGCCGCGCCAGAAAGUGCAGGUGGAGGCAGCUAUCUGAACGAAGCUCAUAUCAUGGAGCCUGAAUGGCAGAGCAGCUUCUACGGAGAGCAGUAUGGCAGGUUGAAAGAGCUGAAGAGAAAGUGGGAUCCGUGGGCAGUGUUCUACGCGACCACUGCGGUGGGAAGCGAAGACUGGGAAGUCAGAGACGGCGACCAGGGAGUUUGGACGCAGAACGGGAAGCUGUGUAGAGUGCGAUAG